GGCUCUACGGGUGUUCCCUCUCGCGUUCCUCACUCACACACACACAUAGAGAUAGAUGGCUGCGAUUAGAAAGAAGUUGGUGAUCGUCGGCGACGGAGCCUGCGGUAAAACUUGCCUGCUCAUCGUUUUCUCAAAGGAUCAGUUCCCAGACGUGUAUGUGCCGACUGUUUUCGAGAAUUAUGUUGCCGACAUUGAAGUUGACGGAAAGCAGGUCGAACUUGCUCUAUGGGAUACAGCUGGACAAGAGGACUAUGAUCGUCUGCGUCCACUCUCUUAUCCGGAUACUGACGUCAUUCUGAUGUGCUUCUCAAUUGAUUCACCCGAUUCACUGGAGAAUAUUCCAGAAAAAUGGACACCAGAAGUCAGGCAUUUCUGUCCAAAUGUUCCGAUUAUUUUGGUCGGAAAUAAACGAGAUCUUCGUAGUGAUCCACAGACUGUUCGAGAAUUGGCAAAAAUGAAACAGGAGCCCGUGAAGCCUGAGCAGGGACGAGCAAUUGCUGAGCAAAUUGGAGCAUUUGCAUAUUUGGAGUGCUCUGCGAAGACUAAGGACGGAAUUCGUGAGGUAUUCGAGAAGGCGACACAGGCGGCAUUGCAACAGAAGAAGAAAAAGAAGAGCAAGUGCAUGAUUUUGUAAAUCAAUCGAUAAAAUGUCUGCUCUUCUUCUCUCUAAUUCUCUCGUUUUUUCUCUCCCUCUUCAAAAAUUGAUUUUUCAUCAUUUUCCCCCCAUUUCCCCCAUACAAAAUUUGAAAUUCGCGCUUCUCUAUUCCAAUUUUUUGAGGUGGUGGCCGUGGCCUUGAAACUUGAAAAAGUUAGGCCACCGCUCUCUCUCUCUUUCUCUCUGAAAUUCCAAAUCACACAUCUCCUCUCCCGCCCACACACACACACACAUUUUAUAGCUUAAUCCCCGAAUUCCCCGAAUUAAAAAAAAAAUUUCCGUUUUUUUUUUUGAUUUUCACAAUGUCAAACUGUGUUAUUCCUCCGUUACCCCUCCGACGCGCUUACACACUUUUUUCUUUAAAAAAUAAUUUUUUCUCUGCCAAAAUCACUAAUUUUUCAUUUUUAUUGAAAAAACCUCCAUCGCCCCAUCGCUACUUUCCUAUCUUAGCUUCAAUGUAACAGGUUUCUAUUUUUUUUUCGUCGAAUUUUUUUUCCUAGCGAGCUUUAGCCAAGGAUGCCGUUUUUCGACGAUUUUGUAGAAAAUUUUUUCAAAAAAAUUGGACAAUUGGCCAAAAUUGAGCUAUUUUUUGAGAAAAUCCGGAAAAAAUCGGAAAUUUUCCGUUUUCUCCUGAAAAAUCGGAAAUUUCCCUUUUUUUUUACGAAAAAAUCGAUUUUUAGCUAUUUUUCGAGAAAAUCUGAAAAAACAAAAAAAUUCCGUUUUCUCCUAAAAAAUCGGAAAUUUCCCGUUUUUUUAAAUGAAAAAAUUGAAAAAAAAAAAUCGAUUUUCACCACAUUUUGAGAUAUUUUUACUGAAAAAUCGGAAAAAAAUCGAAAAAUUUUCGAUUUUUAAUGAAAAAUCGGAAAAAAUCGAAAAUUUUUCGAUUUUAAGGACUCUUGGCUCCAGAGCUUGCUCCAGAAAAAAAUUAUCGAUUUUUCUCGAUUAAUUUAAGAAAUGCGUGCGAUAUUUGUAACAUUUUCCUCUCUCUUUCUCUAUUUCUCUUCGUCUCUCCCUCUCUCCAGCAGCAGCAGAAGCUCCCCCCCAUACAUCUUUAAUGGUUUUUUUUAUUGAAUGACAGCAAACUUUCCAUCCAAUUCUUCCCCCCAAACCACCACCGCAAACACACCUAUUUUAUUUUGUUUUGUGACCCCGUUUUCUUUAUGUAAGGAGAAAUGAAUAAUUAUUGGAAA